GGGACAUAUUGCUGAAUCAAAUUCUUAAUUAACCCACACCAGCAGCACUCACACUCCACACCCCCGCUGCUUAAGCUCCCUGUCUGCUCCUUUCUUCUUCUUCUCCCCCUCAUCCAACCUCCUCCCCGGCUCCCGCGAAGACCGACCCGCCAUUGAUGGACUACGCGCGCAUCCACGACCCGCUGCCCCGACAGUCCGGUGGGUUCUCCCCGGCCAAGCUACGAGCGAUGCUUCUCGGGCUAGAGAAGCACCAGCACGACGGCGAGGACACGUCGCCGGAAGCCAACGACUCCGGGGAACUUGACGACAGGAGGAGCUUGGAAUGCUCCACCUCCACCGAGAUGUCGAGCAACAGCGGCCACAGGUCGAGGAACCGAGCUCAGGACGAGGACAGCUUCGACUCCGAGAGCAGCUCUUCGGGCCCACCGAUGGUGAAGAGGUCGGCGGCGGUGGCAGCUUUGCUCCCGCCAUUCUCUAGACCGACGCCGUCGAAGUGGGACGAUGCCGAGAAGUGGAUUUCCAGCCCGACGGCCAACCGUACUGGCCGUGUGGCGAAUGCCACUGUGAUUGCGCCGAAGAAGUCGGCAAUGGCAUUACCUGACCAUGGAGCCUGCCCACCAGCCGUUGCUAAGGUGGUCGCGGAGGCGCCGAGGAACACCGGAACCUUGCUAAAAAGUUCAGUCGGAUUCACUCAACCAGCUGAUUCAGUCAAGCCUGCAGAAAGUUCCCCAAUAAUCGACGAACCAGAACAUGUGGUUAGGUCUGUCUCGAUGAGAGAUAUGGGAACAGAAAUGACACCGAUUGCCAGCCAGGAACCGUCUCGGACUGGGACUCCUAUAAUAGCAUCUAGCCCUACUUCCUCCAGGACACCAACUCCACAACGAAGUGCAGAAUUUUGUAUAGGGAAAAUGGAUUCCAGCAAGAUGGACAUGUCUCAGGAGGAGCUACAAUUGAAUACCAGAAAGGAAAUUCUGGAUCUCGGUGAAAGGCUGGGCAAGACAACUAUAGCUGCAUGGGCAAGUAAGGAAGAAAGAGCUACUGCAAAUUUCACAAAUGUUCCAGCUGAUAAGGCCGCAGAAAUCGACAGAGAGACGCGUGCUGCAGAUUGGCAGGAGGCAGAAAAGGGAAAGUAUCUUGCAAGGUUUCAGAGGGAAGAGGUAAAGAUCCAAGCUUGGGAAAAUCACCAGCAAGCAAAAAUUGAUGCUGAAAUGAAGAGAAUAGAGGCAAAGAUGGAAAGGAAGCGAGCUCGCGAGCACGACAGGCUUGCCAGGAAAAUGGCAGCGGCCAGGCACAGGGCGGAGGCGAGGAGGGAGGCCGCAGAGGCGAGGAUGACCCAGGAAGCAGCGAGAACAGAAGAGCAUGCGGCACAGAUCCGGAAGACCGGGCACAUACCUUCCUCAUUCUCUUGCUGGUGCUGGUGCCUGUGAAUGUGAUCAUCUAUUGUAGCACUUCAGAAAUAUAUGAAAAAUUGACCAAUGUAAAAUGCUACCGGCUCAUCGUUUACCAGCAAGAAAUGCAAAUGUGAAAUGUGGCAUUAUCA